GUCGAGACACUUAAAUUUCGUUUUGGUUUCUCACAGAUUUAGCCUUCCACCAUUCCAUUUCGACUUGCCGUACAAUGAAUAGUGAUGAGGAUUCUUUGUCAGGGUUGUUUUUUGUGAUAUGCAAAACUUAUUUCCUCUUAUCUGAUCUUGGAUCCAAAUAAAUGGGAUAGGAAAAUACAUUGUACAGUAAUACUUUUGUUCAUUUGAUAAAUAUCCUUUAGGAAGAGCGACAUCUCUCCAAAAGGAAGGUAAUCAACCAUUCAGUACUCUCAGGGUAGGUAUUAAACUAACCGUGUCUAGUCAAUUCUUGUGUUAAUGUAUUUCCCUCGGUAAACCUGCUGUGGACUAGCCGGCCACCAACGAGAAUGACAACAAUUCUGUCUGACGAGAGGUAGUUAUUCUUUUCUACAACGAACCACGGUCCAGCAAUGCCUGAAGUAUGCGUCAGAAAUAUAAUUCGUUCUGUCUAUUUCUUGCAGGAAGAAGAAAUUCUCGAUUUAUUGGAACAAUGCGAGGCUGACGAAAUUAUAACGUUCGACUCGAAAAAUGGAAACCGUCCGAUGAGCAAAGGACCGAAGGUAUAUCAAAUAUUUCUUCUUAUUAUCGCUAUCCUAUGAUACUUUCUAUGACACUUGUAACGUAAUUUUCCUAUUUUUUGCACGUGUGGCGAUACCCUUUAAAGCAAUAACUUGUUGUUUUGCUUUUUUUUUCAGCCGUUGUCAUCCAUGCCAAGUGCAAAAUCCACACAAAGUAAAACAGAUGCCUCCUCUUCUUCCUCUAAUUCUUCAAACCCAUCAAACACGAUGCCAUUACGGCCUGCAUCUGCUCAAAAGACACCAACCAAUCAUAGCUUCAUAUUAUCUCGCUCUUCUACGCAGAGAAUAGUGACGUCAACGUCCUCUCCGCCAAUGAAAUUUAACCCUGUUGUAGUGAGUUGGUUUUAUUAUAGUUUGUUUUUUUUAACUCUUCAGUAGUACAAAGAGGUUCUGUCAGUUUUUGUACUACAUACAAGAUGAACCUUUGACCAUGCUAAAAAGGAGAGACCAUCUGCACCGUAGCCAACUCUGACCUCUCUAUUUUUUCUCCCAAAGGACUCUGUCUUUCUAGAUGCCGCUGUUCGGGAGAGAGAAGAAGAGCUUAGUAGGCGAACAUUGCAGGCUUUGCUUGACAUGAGAAUAAAAUUUCCCGGCAAAACAGAUGAAGAAGCUGAAAUCAUAUUGGAGAGUGUAAGUACGAAACUGACCUUUUAGCAGACUGAUCAAUUUUGCUGCUGCAUCCGCUUGAGUGACCUAAAGUUCCAACCUAUUUGCUGCACUAAUAAGAACACUGAGAGCCAUUCUUUUUAUUGUCACAAGGUAUGCUCAGUGAGCUAUUUAAAGUCAGACACCUUUUUAAAAAGUGGCCAGUAGCUUGCAAACCUGAAUGUUACGGUACAUGUUUGUAACUCAGCUAUGUAUAAGGAAUACAGGCUGCAAGAGCUAAUCUCUCGAAUAGGGUCACUAUGCUGUAUUGUUCCUAUUUUCAGAUUCAGGAUAACUGGAAAUUUCAUAAGCCACGAGUUGCAUCUUAUUGGCUUGUCAAACUUGACUCGAUAAAACGUAGAAAGGUAAGAGGAGAUAUGACUGUUUAACAUCUUACUGAUACGUGACACGUAAAAGGGCGCAAGUCUAUUUUUGCACUCUUGUUUAUUUUAAAAAGCGAUCUUUCCUUGUAGCCAUGGGCCCUGAUCUUUGAAACAACCUGGUAGAUAAUGCAUGAUGUGCUGUUGCGUAUAACUUAAUAUUCAAUUGACGUUUCUUUUCGCAGGUUGUUGAUAUUGUUCGCACAAACGUUCGUGCCAUAUUACAGCGCGUAUGGCGGGCGUCUGAAGUGGACAACUUGCGCCUGUGUCGCGUAUUUUCGAGGGUUUUUAACAGAUUAUUGUGGAGCCAUGGACAGGGAUUGUGGAACUGCUUCUCAAGUCUCGGGUAGGUCAUUUAAGCAUUGCAGGUUGGUUAAUAACAACUUUGCUUCACUUAUGUUGACUUGGCCUCAAUCAUUUCGUCCGCUGUUUUUUAGAAAUUCAUGGGAGACAAUAUUCAGUAAGAGCACGGAAGUGAUAUCACUGGUAAGUAUUGUUUUGAAGAUUUGACAUUUGUGUUGAUACAUUUAUCUGCGCUGCACGAGUCUCUGUUAGGACGACGUCCUAAGCUGUCAUGAAAUGUGGUACUUUUGGUUCUUUGAACUGUUGCAGCAAACUUUCCCCAAGGUCGACGCCCAUGUAGAGCACACUCACUCUUAGGACGAUCAUCAACGACUGGCUGAUUUCAAUCAAAUCUCAAUCUUUUUUCAAAUGUAGCUAGACUCUGUAUUGAGAAAUAAAAAUGCAGAAGUGACCGGGUUAUUUUUUGGAACGAAUGACUAUUUAGUUCAUGGCCACAGAAGUCUGAACGCAAGUUUAGUGACGCUGGCCUUUAUUUGUCUGUUGUUUACAGACUGAGAUGAGCUGCUGUCGUCGGAUUGUUCAGUUGUGUCGCGACUGUUUGCUGAUUGUGUAUCAGUUUGCUGCUGAUGCUAAGGCUGCGGGCGCUGGUUCUGUUUUGUAUCGAACAGCAACACCUCACGAUGGUGACACGAGGUACAGUAUAACUGACCAAAACGGCCACGGGGGACAUUCUAAUAUACAGAUGGGUUUUCUACUCCGCAUAAUAUUUUUAACUACUUUUUUUUAGAAAAAGAAAAGAACUACACGUUUGUAAUGGAAUCUUUCCUUAUAGCUAGGAGUAUAAAAUAGCGUGCUUGGUUACGGCCGAUUGAUCAUUAACUUUCCAGCUACACCUUCUCGUAGUGUCUGAACUGAUAAAUUAUUACAUUUUGGACGUUUUUCUAAGGCUAUUUGUCUUAUAUCAUAGACAUACCGACAUUGUACGAAGAACUCCAGACCUUUCAUCACAGCAAACUCUAACAGCAAGAAUGUCAAAGUACUGCAGAUCCGCCCAGUUAACAUAACGACACUUAAGAGCAGGGGACCGAUGAGCUUUCAGAAAGUUCUCAAGAGGCAAACGUUGAGCACUAAAGGGUGUUACUUAAACAAGCUUAUUGUUGGAUAAAGUACAAACCAGAGCGCUCUUGGCCGAAUGGUGCAGGCGCUGCUAUCAUAAAGCAUUAUUUUGCACGAAAUGAUAGUGGCUUUUAGCGAACAUUUCAAGUUAUUUAUUUGAGAGUUUUAUUUAUAGUUAGCAAAAUUAUAUCAUCGUCCAGGACAAUUAACUCGCAAACCCUUCUUCUUAAACACAACGGGUAAAAAUCUUCCAUAAACCUGCGCAAUACAUACAUCCAUACAUCUGGAAACUAAAGAGGAUAUCGUGCGGGUAUUGAAUUGCUGAAGGGUACUAGAAGCUAUAUCGAACAUCACCGCUUAUCAUCUAUUUCAGUGUACGCAAAAUUGACAUCCAUUUUUAGUAAGUAAGAACCUGCAUUUUUCCAAGUUGACCUGAACAGGUUCUUAAAUAAAUGGUAAUUUGCACAAAUUUAGGCUAUUUAGGUUCUUGCAUAGGUUCCCAAUUUCUGAAGAAAAAAAAGCUAACUUAUAUUUGAUUUACAACGUUGGCAUUUACAUUGCAUUUGGAGUGAUAACGCACCUAUGUCUCCAAAGAUGAUCCUGAAUGUUGACUUAUCUUAUUUGUUUAAGUGUACAGAAUUGUAAGAAUCUUUUUCAAAUUUUAGGCUAGAAAGGUUCUUGUAUAGAGGGGGUCUAACUGGGAAAUUUUAGCCUAACAGGUUCUUAAAAACCAGGUUCUUAGUCGCGGGUCUUUACUGUAUUUGUCCCUGUACACAAUACUCGGCUUGAAUAUUUGAGUAUAAUAAGAGGCUUUAUUGGACUGAU